AUGGCAGCCAAGAAAUCUGGAUUUAGAAGUCUUGCAGAUCAGCUUGCUGAUUUGGAGGAUCCUACACCUAAAGAUUUUGACCCCGAAGAUGAAGACAAUGGACAACAAGGUAGCGAGGAUGAAUCUGGAGCUGAGGUAGACGAGAAUGCUGGACGUGGACACUACGAGAAAGUUGGCAAGAGCAAACUUAGGAAACCGGAAACAGUUACCCUCGGAAAAGAAUAUGCAGGAUCGCGCGUGAGCAGGGACGCAUUAGAGGAUGGCAGCGACGAUGAAAAUCCUUUUGAACGAGGUUCUGAUGAGGAGGACGAUGAAGACCUUGAUGAAGAAGAUGACGAGGAAAGAAGGGGAUCUGAAGUCGACGAAGAGGAGAUGGAGGAUGAUGAUGAGGAGGAUGAGGAGGAGGAUCUCUCGGAGGACGAUGACGAAGAUGUCUCGGACGACGGGGAGGCGAACAAGGAGGCCUUGUCUGACGAACGCGCAGAGCUGCGAAGAUUAAUGGCAACUGACCAGAAAUCUGUCGCUGCAACAAUAUCCCAAGCGGCCAAAGCCGAUGCCGCCAAGGGUUUCGCGGUCAAGCAACAACGAGUCGCAUUCGAUGCUUUGCUGAAUGCUAGAAUUAAAUUACAGAAAGGUUUCACAGCAAUCAUCAACUCGUCCGAUAUCUCCUGGGAGACAGCCGAAGAAAAUACCGACGCUAUAAAAUCAGCGGAGUCAGCUGCGUUGGCUUUGUGGUCAACACUGGAAGAUCUGCGAUUAACUCUUGCGGAUGUCCAGACAAAAGAAGGUGCCAAGAAGCGAAAGCGAUCAGGCCCAGUCUCGCAUGCCACUUCUACUGAGUCACUCUGGCAGCGUAUGCAGGAUCUAGAAAUGGACUCUCAGACCCAUCGCCGUGCCAUUCUUGAGAAAUGGAACCACAAAGUCAGGGGAACGAACGCCAGUCUCCCUAACGCGAGAGGCAAACUUAUCGCCAACUCGGAAAACUCCAUCACGGCUGUGCUCGACGCUCAUGUCGCUACGGAGCUUAGUGAACGAUCCACCAAGAAACAACGUACUGCCGAACCAUCCGACGCUGUCUACGAUGACACAUCUUUCUACCAAACCCUCCUACGCGACCUGGUGGAACAGCGAAUGUCAUCUUCAGACGCCGUCACCAACGGCCUUGAUGCUCUACAUUUACAAAUUCCAACGCAUCCCGCUUCGGGUAUGCGGAAGGACAAGGUCCGCAAGGAUGUCGACACCAAAGCAUCCAAGGGCCGUAAAAUGCGCUACAAUAUUCAUGAAAAGCUCCAGAAUUUCAUGGCACCUGAAGAUCGCGGUACCUGGACCGACCGAGCACGAGACGAGUUUUUUGCUUCUCUGCUCGGUAAGACUGCUAGUGGGUUGCUCGGAGAAGAUGAGGAUGAACAAAUGAAUGGAGCUGCGUCGGAGGAUGAGGAUCUAGAAGAGGGUGGCUUGAAGUUGUUUAGAAGCUGA